AUGCCGAAACCAAUCAACGUACGAGUGACCACCAUGGAUGCCGAGCUGGAAUUUGCCAUCCAGCCCAAUACCACGGGCAAACAGCUUUUCGACCAGGUGGUGAAAACAGUUGGUUUGCGUGAAGUUUGGUUUUUUGGGCUGCAGUAUGUGGACAGCAAAGGUUACUCUACAUGGCUUAAGCUAAAUAAAAAGGUGACACAGCAAGAUGUUAAAAAAGAGAAUCCUUUACAGUUCAAAUUUAGAGCUAAAUUCUUUCCUGAAGAUGUUUCUGAGGAAUUAAUUCAAGAAAUAACCCAGAGACUUUUCUUCUUGCAAGUUAAGGAAGCUAUCUUAAAUGAUGAGAUAUAUUGUCCACCAGAAACUGCAGUUCUUUUGGCUUCCUAUGCUGUCCAAGCCAAGUAUGGAGAUUAUAAUAAAGAGAUGCAUAAACCAGGCUACCUGGCUAAUGAUAGACUCCUACCCCAGCGUGUUUUGGAACAGCACAAACUGACAAAAGAACAGUGGGAAGAAAGAAUACAGAACUGGCAUGAAGAACACAGAGGAAUGCUGAGGGAAGAUUCUAUGAUGGAGUACCUGAAGAUUGCCCAAGAUCUAGAAAUGUAUGGAGUCAACUAUUUUGAAAUAAAAAAUAAAAAGGGAACUGAAUUGUGGCUAGGCGUUGAUGCUUUGGGUCUGAAUAUUUAUGAGCACGAUGACAAGUUAACACCAAAAAUUGGUUUUCCCUGGAGUGAAAUCAGAAAUAUUUCAUUUAAUGACAAAAAAUUUGUUAUAAAGCCAAUUGACAAAAAGGCACCUGAUUUUGUUUUUUAUGCUCCUCGUCUGAGAAUCAAUAAACGGAUUUUGGCUUUAUGUAUGGGAAACCAUGAACUAUACAUGCGAAGAAGAAAGCCUGAUACCAUUGAAGUGCAGCAGAUGAAGGCUCAGGCGAGGGAGGAGAAACAUCAGAAGCAGUUGGAAAGGGCACAGCUAGAGAAUGAAAAGAAGAAGAGGGAGAUAGCAGAAAAGGAGAAGGAAAGGAUAGAGCGGGAAAAGGAGGAGUUGAUGGAGCGGCUGCGGCAAAUCGAAGAGCAGACGGUGAAAGCCCAGAAAGAACUAGAAGAACAGACUCGAAAAGCUCUGGAACUGGACCAGGAACGAAAACGAGCAAAGGAAGAAGCAGAAAGACUUGAAAAGGAGCGUCGAGCUGCUGAAGAAGCCAAGUCCGCUAUUGCAAAACAAGCUGCUGACCAGAUGAAGAACCAGGAGCAGCUGGCAGCAGAACUUGCUGAAUUCACUGCCAAGAUUGCACUUCUGGAAGAGGCCAAGAAGAAAAAGGAAGAGGAAGCUACUGAGUGGCAACACAAGGCUUUUGCAGCCCAGGAAGAUUUGGAAAAGACCAAAGAAGAACUAAAAACUGUGAUGUCUGCCCCCCCUCCACCACCACCACCCCCAGUCGUUCCUCCAACAGAAAAUGAGCAUGAUGAGCAUGAUGAGAAUAAUGCCGAAGCUAGUGCUGAAUUAUCAAAUGAUGGAGUGAUGAACCAUCGGAGUGAAGAGGAACGUGUAACAGAAACUCAAAAAAAUGAGCGUGUUAAGAAGCAACUCCAGGCACUAAGUUCAGAAUUGGCCCAAGCUAGGGAUGAAACCAAGAAAACACAAAAUGAUGUUCUUCACGCUGAGAAUGUUAAAGCCGGCCGCGAUAAGUACAAGACUCUGCGGCAGAUUCGACAAGGCAACACCAAGCAGCGGAUUGAUGAGUUUGAAGCCAUGUGAGAGCUGUUAUUUUGCAUACGUGUUCUUCAUAAGCUGAACCACCAACAGAGAAAAGCAGGCCUUUGCAGAUGUGAUGGAACGCAUCCCACCUUGCCAAAGCACUUACACCAGUUGACUGUGGUGGCUAAAGACAUACUUGAGGGGAGCUCUUCAGCAUUAAGGCAGUGUAAUGUCAUGCUUGAUUUUCUUUUCCUUUUGGCCCAGGGAGUGAAGGACAGCGUUCCAUCGCCUCCUGUCACAUUUUCAGUUUCCAUUGUUUUUUUUUUUUUUCUGUUGGAGAUUAACACUAAGGAUCAUGUCUGACAAAUGUGUAUGCGUGAUUUCAGCACUUUGUACAGUUCAAAGGAUGAUGGUGACUUAAUGAGUGUUUAGCUGGAGCACUCUGUUUUCUUUUGCCCCUUCCAUAUUUUGCCUGUGUGUAUUUCCACAUUCUGUCUCACUCAUAUCCUCAGCGUGCCCUUCUCCUUGCUGUGCCGAUAGCCAUAAUUCUGCCAUUAUACAGGUCAUCGGCAUGGUUAAAAUGAGGAUAAGCGACAGGGUAGACAGUCUUUGAUAAUUAUGUAGAAGACAGCUGUGAAUCAUGAAAAGGAUUAGAAUGUUUAAUAGUGUAGGAUGCAGCUGGUGGUUAAUGUUUUAAGUCCCAGUUAUAUUAUUGGAUAUUUGAUAUUUGCCUGCUUAAUUACAGUCAUCUUCGACAGCCGAA